AUGGAACCAAAUUUUAAGAAAUUUUUUAACAAUUCAUUUGAUGAUUCAGUAUUUAAUAUGAUUAAUGAACAUAUUUCAAAGAAAGUAAAAAUUUUUUGUAUUGUUCUAACUUCAAAAGUUAAUAGAGAAAGAAUUAUUCUUCAAAAAAAAACAUGGAUAAAAAGAUGUAAUAAUUAUAUUUUUGGAUCUGGUGAAGAAAGUCAAGAUAUUCCAACUUUUAAAGCUUAUCAUAAUGAUGGAUAUUCUUAUUCUUUUGGUAAGAUGAAAAAUACAUUAAAACAUGUUUGGAAGAAACAUGGUGAUAAAUAUGAUUGGUAUCUUAAGGCUGACGAUGAUACAUAUGUAGUUAUGGAAAAUUUAAGAGCUUUCUUAUUAAAUGAAAAUCCAAAUAAACAUGGUUAUCAUGGUUUUAGAAUGGCUAUUGGUGGUACUCCUGAUCCACAUGCUUAUAAUAGUGGUGGUGCUGGUUAUGUUAUGAGUAAAAAAAGUGUUAGAGAUUUAGUUGAAAAAGGUUUAGAUAAUCCAAAAUAUUGUAGACAGAUAGAUUCAGCUUUUGAUGAUCUUGAAAUAGGAUAUUGUUUAGAAAAUUUAGGAGCACUACCAAGUCAAAGUCUUGAUUGUAAAAAGAGAGUUUUAUUUAAUGUAUUAGAUCCUCCAAGAGCACUUUCUCCUGUAAUUGAUGGAUUUAAACAAGGAUUUAUUAAUAUGGCAAAAUUCAAAUAUAAUCCUUCAUUUGAUAGUGUAGCUGAUUUUCCAAUAACUUUUCAUUAUGUUAGAGGAGAAAUGAUGUAUGCACUAGAAUUUUUAAUGUAUCAUAUGGAAGUAAUUGGAAGAAAUUCAAGAUUAAAUAGAAUGGAAAGUAAUGAUAAUACAUUUACAAAAUUGAAAGUUAGUAAAAAAUUAAAAUUAAUUAACAAAUUUUCAGAGUAUAAUUUUAAAAAAUAUUAA